UAUUAUAUAUAUAAAUAUAUAGUGUCUGAGAGAUCAAGUCGCAGUUGCCUGGCAAAAUGGAAGGAUCGGAAACUUUAAAUAACUCAAAGAGUGGCAUCGGAUCCGUACCUGUUAUUCAUGCAAUAAUAUUGUGAAAAAAAAAAAAAAACCAGGAAAAAGAUUUUAAAAAAAGUGAGAUUUGAUGGAGAUUUCGGGUCUGGUACAAACCAACCCCAUUUCUCACCAUCUAGCAACCACCCUUAAACACCCCUUUCAAUAAUACAUCAUUAUGUUUUGCCCCGACGUCUUCCUUCAUGGUCAGUGUAAACCUCUAAAAAGUUGAUAAACUGACCACCACAGAAGCGAUGCUUCCGAGGAAAAAGGACAUUUCGGGUCUAAACGAUGGCAUCGCGGGUAAAUAUGUUAAAAGAGAUACGCCACCCGUCCUUAGAAAUUAUGAUACUCCUGUACGGCACACCAAUGUAUUUCAACGUCGAAGUACGAAAACCUUGGCUUCUUACGCACCACAACAAUCUGUAAAUAGCUUUGCUUAUAGCGGCCACUCAUACAUCUCAGCACCAAAGCUACAAUGUCAUUCCUCAAAUUUUUCCCCAACUUCCCACGGUAGUGGAGGUGUUUCUUCCCCCAACACCAAUUCUAAUUGUAACUCCAGUGCCAACAACCCAGCUGGCCAUAUAUACCAGAACCUUAAUGCAGCUUCUUCACCAGCCCCAUCUUCUACCCCGUCGCCAGGACAUUCUCCUGCGUCGACCUUCUCAUCAUCCGGCUAUGGGUCGGCCUCUAAUUUCAACCAAGCUUUUCAGAACAUGUCACUGACCAACUAUCGGCCCAAUUCACAGGACUCUCCCAAGCUACAGUCACACCACAAUGCGCAACAACACCAAACUGCAACCUGCAAUCAGCAGCAAAUGGGUCCUCAGAGUGGAAGUGCAUCCCCACAACUGAACCAGGUUGGGUUACAUCAUCAACAUCAGCAACAACACGGGGCUUUGUUGGUGCCGAGUCAGACUGCUGCAAACCCUGGUCGGGUGGUACCUCGAGCAAUUCUUAAUCAAGGUGCCCACCACCAGUCACUUACACCGAGUGCACCACCACCUCCCUCACCACAGUCCCUGCAUUCAAAGAUGAAACCAGAUAAUUCACUUGCAUCUAUAAGAGAAGAAGCUACAAUGAAAAAUGAAGAAACAACAAGUCCGUCACAGUUACAGCCUGUUGGUACGACAGUAGUGACCAGCUAUAACAACAACACAAAUGUAUAUAGUGCUGCAAAGGCUUACAAUGCUAAUUCUGUCUAUACUCCUGAGUAUUACAACCAAUGUGAUGAGAACUAUCAGAUCCAACAAUACCAUCAAGAAAUCCGCAACCACUACGCUCAGCAAAACCAAACAGCUACUGUUGGCAAUGUUGGUGCACACCAACAGGCAGUGAUACCAGUUGCUGGAACAAACCAGGAACUUGUACAUGUUAGUGGCAAUACUACACCGUCUUCUUCUUCCACCGGUUAUGGGUCAGGAAGCUACAUGGGACAGGAAGAGUUAUCCCUACCCCCUGGCUGGUCUUUAGACUGGACUGUACGUGGACGCAAAUACUAUAUCGAUCACAAUACACAAACUACGCAUUGGAGCCAUCCUUUUGAGAAAGAUAACUUACCAAUGGGAUGGGAGAGGAUAGAAUCAAAAGAAUAUGGUGUAUUUUAUGUCAAUUAUAUUUUGAAAGUUGCCCAAUACCAUCAUCCUUGUGCUCCAGUUUUACCACAUCAACAGAACAUGAUCUGCGCCCCACAAGAACUAGUUAUCCCGAAACAGAUAGAGUACAGACAAUCUAAUUUGUUGGUGCCAGCUAACCCAUAUUUACAUGAAGAAAUUCCAGACUGGAUGUAUAUUUACUGCAAAGCCAAUCAGGACCAUGAUCACAAAUUAAAGUGGCCAUUGUUCCGUUUGGGGGAACUGGAAUACUUUGACGCCCUCCUCACACGUCUCUACAAACAAGAACUCCAGAACAUUGUCAUGCAGUAUGAAAACCAUCGGACUAAUUUGCUCCGCGAAGUAGAGAAACGGAAAAUCGAGAAAGAAAACAUGGAACGAGCUCUUUUACAGAAGCGAGAAACCAACAUUUGAAAGAAGCAAGCAGAACGAAGACCGUUCUUGAACAGUAACAUGUUUGUGAUUAGUAUUAUCCAAUACCUGUCCUAAUCUACUGCAAUAAUAAUAAUGCUAUACUUCUCUUAAUUAACAUUUAAAAGUUGUACAUUCUAUGACCCCCAUUCAUAAUUUAUUUGAUAUAAACAAACAAAGCAAAACGAACUUAACAAAUUUGUUGCCCCACCUUCUUAUUCAGACAUGGACUUUUUUUUUUCCAUGGGGUUUUAAUACAAUGGUAUGGUCCUUUUUAUUAUUUUGUGUGUGUGUGUGUGUGUGUGUGAGUCUGCAUUACAAGGCCAUUAUAAAAUACUAAGAUAAUGCCUUGAGUUUUAGAAGAGCAGCACCUGUAGUGAUUUAAGUUGGUUAAUGUGAUACAACCAAUGAAAUCUCACAACGAAUUGGUAAAACUACUCUUCAGUGUGUACACACGCACACACACACAACACACACACACACACAUACACACACACACAUA